GCAAGCCGCGCGGAGCCGCGCAGCCCGGGUCCGCUGCCGCCACCCGCCCCAGGCAGCAGAGCCGGCGCCCCAGCGGCCCCCGGAACACCUCAAAGCGGACGAAGGAGUCCAUGUUGGGGAACUUGGCGGCGGCGUGACGGGGACCUAGGGACCUGCAGUGGGGCCGCCGCCGCCGGAGCCAGCGCCUCGACCUCAGUCUGAGAAAAGUUUGAUGGAAAACUGAUUACCUGACUGCUCGACCUGAAGAAUCUUAAGGGAAACCCUUUUUCAAGGAGAAAUGAAGAAGAAAACUCUAUAUACCCUAAAUGUGGGAGAUCAGGACUAUGAAGAUAUGGAAGGUGAAGAAAACAAAGAUAAUACUGCUACCACUGGUCUGUUGUACAGUGAAGCUGAUAGAUGUCCAAUAUGUCUCAGUUGCCUGUUAGAGAAGGAAAUUGGUUUUCCAGAAAGCUGUAAUCAUGUCUUCUGCUUGACCUGUAUUCUUAAAUGGGCAGAGACACUGGCUUCAUGUCCUAUUGACCGGAAACCUUUUCAGGCGGUGUUUAAAUUCAGUGCAUUGGAAAGUUGUGUUAAGGUUCACAUAAAAAGACAGUUGAGAGAAACAAAUGACAAGAAAAAUGAAAGCUCUUUUAAGAAACAGCUGUCCUGUCAGGAAAAUUCUAAAAGCUGUAUGAGAAAAAAAGUCAAAAGAGAAGAUCUAUUAAGUGCAAAACUUUAUGACUUGAAGAUGAUAUACAGAAACUCUAAAUACAGUGAAAUGGGAGGAAAAGAAAAUGCAAUAAUAAAGACAAAUAAGCCUCAAAGAUCAAAUCCAUGUACAAAUCAGUGCUUCAGAAAUUUUUUCUCCAGUAUCGUCUCUUCUAGUAGUCACACUGGAGAAUCUUCUUUUACCUGUACAGCUUACCGUACAGAAUUUAUAGAAGUCAAUGAAAUCAGUGCAUUGAUUAGGCAGAAGAGACAGGAACUGGAAUUGUCAUGGUUUCCUGAUACAUUACCUGGAAUUGGAAGAAUUAGUUUUAUACCCUGGAAUGUUGAAACAGAAGUCCUUCCUCUCAUCUCCUCUGUGUUGCCAAGAACUAUUUUUCCAACAAGUACCAUAUAUUUAGAAAAUUUUGGUACUUCUUGCAAAGGAUAUGCAUUAGCACAUACUCAAGAAGGAGAAGAGAAGAAGCAAACGUCUGGUACCUCAAGCACCAGAGGAUCAAGACGAAAACCAGCAGCAACAACUCCUACAAGGAGAUCUACACGUAACACGAGAGCUGAACCAGUCAGUCAGUCUCAGAGGUCCCCAGUAUCAAAUAAUUCUGGGUGUGAUGCCCCAGAUAGUAAUAAUCCAUCUGUAAGUGUUUCCUCUUCAGGUGAGUCAGAAAAGCAAACAAGGCAGGCUCCAAAACGGAAGUCUGUAAGAAGAGGAAGAAAACUACCUUUACUGAAAAAGAAACUUCGGAGCUCUUUACCUCCCCCUGAAAAAUCAUCUUCCAGUGAUUCAGUAGAUGAAGAAAUAGUAGAAUCUGACAUACCACCUGUGUUAGAGAAAGAACAUCAAUCAGAUGUAGAAAGUAGUAACACUGUGCAGAUAAAUGUAGAAAAUGAGUCUGCUAAUGGCUUGAGAAGUUGCAGUGAGCCAGUAGAAGAAAGUGAGGAACAUAGUGAGACCCAUGAUACAGAGGAAAGAGUAGAAUCUUUAUAUUCUGAGUCUGGUACCCAAGAUCCUCCUGUGCUAGUUGGAGAGGAGGAGGAAAUUCAAAAAGUUGAGAAUACAGGUAUAGAGGCUAAUAUUUUAUGUCUGGAAAGUGAGAUUUCUAAGAAUACUUCUGAAAAAGGAGGUGACCCAUUGGAAAAUCAAGACCAAAUAGCUUUACCUUCAGAAUCAGAAGUAAAAGCAGAUGGAUGUACAGAUCAUCUUCCAAAUGAUUUUCUUACAUGUUCUGGAUCUGAAAUUGAAGUACACCAACCUAUAUCAAGCCUAGGUGAGAUCCCUGAGAACGUAGAGUCAGCGGUUAAUGAAGAAAAAGUUAUGGAGAGUCCUAUAGUAAAAAUUAUUGACCAUAAAGAUUCUACAGUAAAAACAGAACAUCUUAUUGACAGCCCCAAAUUAGAAUCUUCUGAGGGUGGAAUUAUACAAACAGUGGACAAAAAAUCUAUUGAGAGCUCAGAGGUUCAUUUGCUUGGGCAUGUUGAAAAUGAAGAUGCAGAAAUAAUUGCAACAUGUGAUACUUCAGGGAAUGAAAAUUUCAAUAGUAUUCAAGACUCUGAAAACAAUUUAUUAAAAAAAAAUCUUAACACCAAAUUGGACAAAUCUUUCGAAGAAAAGACUGAACCUCUGGUUGAACAUCCCAGAUCUACAGAAUUGCCUAAAACACAUGUUGCACUGAUUCAGAAGCAUUUUAGUGAGGACAAUAAUGAAAUGAUACCUAUGGAAUGUGAUUCAUUUUGCAGUGACCAGAAUGAAUCUGAACUCGAACCAUCUGUAAAUGCUGAUGCUAAACAAUUGAAUGAAAAUUCUGUGGAGCACAGUUCCCAAAAGAAUAUGUCAUCUUCUGGUCCUUCAAAUGAAAAGGUUGAAACUGUAUCUCAACCAUCUGAAAUCCCAAUAGAUACGAUAGAUAAAGCCAAAAAGCCUCGUACUCGAAGAUCUAGAUUUCAUUCUCCAUCUACAACUUGGUCUCCCAACAAAGACACUGCACGAGAAAAGAAGCGGUCUCAGUCUCCAUCUCCCAAAAGAGAAACUGGAAAAGAAAGCAGGAAGUCUCGAUCACCAUCUCCCAAGAAAGAAUCUGCAAGAGGACGGAGAAAAUCUCGUUCUCAGUCCCCAAAAAAGGACCCACGAGAAAGGAGGAAAUCUCAGUCUCGAUCUCCAAAAAGAGAUAGCACUAGGGAAGGCAAAAGAUCUGAAUCACUCUCCCCAAAAAGAGACACUUCUAGAGAGAACAGAAGAUCUCAGUCAAGACUGAAAGAUUCCUCCCCAAGAGAAAAAUCCAGGUCCCGGAGCAGAGAAAGAGAAAGUGAUAGAGAUGGGCCAAAGAGAGAUCGAGAUAGAGAAAGGAGAACCAGAAGGUGGUCUCGGUCCAGAUCUCGUUCUAGGUCACCAUCAAGAUCUAGAACAAAAAGUAAGAGUUCAUCAUUUGGUAGAAAUGACAGAGUCAGUUAUUCUCCUCGAUGGAAGGAAAGAUGGGCAAAUGAUGGUUGGAGAUGUCCACGAGGAAAUGAUCGAUACAGAAAGAAUGACUCAGAGAAACAGAAUGAAAAUACAAGAAAAGAAAAAAAUGACAUCAGUCCAGAUGCUGAUGAUUCAAAUUCUGCUGACAAACAUAGAAAUGACUGCCCCAGUUGGGUAACAGAAAAAAUAAAUUCUGGGCCUGAUCCGAGGACCAGAAAUCCAGAAAAGUUAAAAGAUUCUCAUUGGGAAGAAAAUAGAAAUGAAAAUUCAGGGAAUUCUUGGAAUAAAAACUUUGGUUCAGGUUGGAUGUCUAACCGUGGUAGAGGUAACCGUGGCAGAGGCGCUUACAGAGGUGGUUUUGCCUACACAGAUCAAAAUGAAAAUAGGUGGCAAAACCGAAAACCCCUCUCAGGGAAUUCAAAUAGUUCAGGGAAUGAGACUUUCAAGUUUGUGGAACAGCAACCCUAUAAACGGAAAAGUGAGCAAGAGUUCUCAUUUGAUACACCGGCAGAUAGGUCGGGGUGGACAUCUGCAUCAAGUUGGGCUGUGAGAAAGACUCUGCCAGCAGAUGUACAAAACUAUUAUUCACGACGAGGGAGGAAUUCUUCAGGUCCACAGUCUGGAUGGAUGAGACAAGAGGAGGAAACAACUGAACAGGAUUCUAACCUAAAAGACCAAACAAACCAACAAGGUGAUGGUUCUCAGCUACCUAUAAAUAUGAUGCAACCACAAAUGAAUGUAAUGCAGCAACAAAUGAAUGCACAACACCAGCCUAUGAAUAUCUUCCCAUAUCCAGUGGGUGUUCACGCUCCUCUGAUGAAUCUCCAGCGCAGUCCAUUUAACAUUCAUCCUCAGCUGCCCUUGCAUCUGCACACAGGAGUGCCUCUCAUGCAGGUAGCUGCUCCUACCAGUGUAUCUCAGGGACUACCACCACCACCACCCCCUCCCCCUCCAUCCCAGCAAGUCAGCUACAUUGCUUCACAGCCAGAUGGAAAGCAAUUGCAGGGUAUUCCUAGUGCUUCUCAUGUAAGUAAUAACAUGAGUACACCAGUCUUGCCUGCUCCGACAGCAGCCCCAGGAAAUAUGGGAACAGUUCAGGGACCAAGUUCUGGUAAUACUUCGUCAUCAAGUCACAGCAGAGCUUCUAAUGCUGCUGUAAAAUUGGCAGAAAGCAAAGUAAGUGUUACAGUGGAAGCCAGCGCAGAUAGCUCGAAGACAGACAAGAAAUUGCAAAUUCAAGAAAAAGCAGCACAGGAGGUAAAAUUGGCCAUUAAGCCAUUUUAUCAAAAUAAAGAUAUCACCAAGGAAGAAUAUAAAGAGAUUGUGCGGAAAGCGGUAGAUAAAGUUUGUCAUAGUAAGAGUGGAGAAGUAAAUUCUACUAAAGUGGCAAAUCUGGUUAAAGCCUAUGUAGACAAAUACAAAUAUUCACGGAAGGGAAGCCAAAAGAAAACUCUGGAAGAACCUGUGUCUACUGAUAAAAACAUAGGCUGAAGUGGGGAGCACUAUAAAGGACACUAUCAAGAUACCUGCAAAGUGCAAUUUCAACAUGUACCUUUAAUGGAAAAUCAUACAUAACUGUGAUUGAAAUUUGGUUUUGAUAAAAUUAUUUUUUUUAAUGUAGGAUAUAAUGUUUUGCUCUAAAUAAAUAUAGUUCUGCACCGCAACUUCUAUAUCUUUUCCUCCCUUCUACCCCCCUCCCCCCCAAAAUAAAAACAAAUUCAAGGGAAAGUAAAGGGGUUAAAGGAAUGUGCAUUUUUACUAGGACUGUGUUAUAUUGUGGAUACUGGAAGAUGUACAGCUUUUUGAUUUGAGCAAUGGAGUGCAUAAAUGAACUUCUGAGUGCACUGGUUUUGGAAGAGAUAUAUAUAAUACAUUUAUUCUGUCAGGCUAAAAAUAAAGUAUGAUCUUUAUGAUUUUUCUCUCUAAUUAUACAAAGAUAAAUAAUGUAUUACCAUGAAAAAUAUUUCUAAUAACAUACCAAUUGCAGGGUUCCUACUGUGUAUUUUUAAAGCACACAUCUGAGUAAAUUGCUUAGAUAGAAAACAAAUUAUCACACGAGUAAAAUUCAGUGUUCAAAACUUUAGAACACUGUUCACCUAUUGUAUCACCAAAUAAAGGUUAUGCUGCUUGUUU